GUGAUUUGAUUUCAUUUUCUUAUACGUCAAACAUGGAAGAGGAUCGUCUUUUCGAUGAAAGAAUUUCUAUUCGAGAUUCUGCUCGACCAUUAAAAAAAUAUGGAAGCACAUGCAAUCAUAUGAAGAGGAACGAGGAAUACAUCAAACAUGUUAUGUCGAAGGGUGAUACAUUACAAGGAAUUGCUCUUAAAUAUGGCGUUACAAUGGAAAAGAUAAGACGAGCGAAUCGUUUGUUUGCGACCGACAGUUUGUUUUUGAGAGAAUAUUUACUGAUUCCUGUAACCAGAGAUUCUCCCUUUUAUGAGAACGGUGAACGGGUUACGGAGCCCGCAAUGCCACUUCAUCGUGCCUCAAUGUCCGAUAUGACGUCUAGACAGUCACGGGAUUUCUCCCCCGGAAGUCCUGAUGAAAAGAAAAGUUUUGAUAAUUUUCUCAACAGAUUGGAUUCUUCACUUGCUGAUAUUAAAAAGCAUGUUGAGAAGAGCAAAGAAAAUAGCGAAUUCGUCAAAGACCUGGAGGAUGGUUUCGUGCGUCACCGGCCGACUGCCCGUCUGCGUCAGUCUGCGUCGAUGGGCGCCACCUCCUCCAUGUCGUACAAUGAGGUGAUCCCGCCCCCCCUGCCGCCGCCUCCCGCCGCGCUCACUCAGGGCCGCCGGGUCGACAGUUCGCUGAAACGCCUCGAGAGGGCGCAUGAUGACCUUUUCCAGUUGUAGCGCUCGAGACAGCGCAGAUAUGCGCGUUUCCAUUGAAUGCGAUGUGGGCGUGUGACGUCACAGCUCACUCGCGUAUCGGACACGACGGCCGGCGGUCGCGUGCCGCUAGUAAUGGACUGAGUGCGCCGCGGUGAGUUGUAACGGCGAGUGAUAUUAGAUAGUCGAUCUUAUGCCUAUCGUAAUACGAUCUGUUUUACUUUUUAAAUAUGUUUAUGCAGAUGUGUUUGUAAUAUAGUAAGCAAAUAUAAUUGUUAUAAUUAUUCUAAUAUUACGUAAUUGUUUUCAAACCCUCAUAUAUAAAGAUACACCAAAGAUAAAGUUUAAAAGAAUUUAAAUUUUUCAAUGUGGUUUCGGUUUAACGAAUUAUGAUGUUCUAUAUAUUUAUUUACUAUAUUACAACAUAAGAAAUUUUAGAAACGCAUUCGUUGUCUUAUAUGAAACAAUAAUAUAACGUAUAUUGUAUAUAAAAAUCUAAGAUACACCUGUUGUGCAUCUCUGUAUCUAAUCAUUUGUAUUUAAGAUAAAUCUUAGAAAUUAUGCUACAGCUUUGUACAUGUAAUAUAGUUAUAUAAAUAUAUAUAUAUACUAUAUGUAUGUAAUUAAGGGAAAAUUAUAUAAACAUGCAAUGCCAAUCAAAUAUAAAGUAAUGACCUUGAAUCGUCCAAGAGUUUUGGAUAAUUGUCCC